AAAAAUCAUUUAUGAAAUAUUUUCUGCGAGCCUAACAAAUGGCGACCUGGCAACAGACGCCGUAACAAUUGAUUUUAAUUAAGAGGAUGUUUAAAUAAAUAGAGGCUUUGAUGAAUUACUAUGAUAUAGUAGAACUUUGUUUUAAGAAAACAUGACAUCACAAGUUGAUGUUGGCCUUGAGCCAAGGACAUCACCAAAGUUACCAGCCCUAAGGGAGGGACAAAGUAGUCUUGUAUGUCAAGACAAACUACCCUCACCACCAACGCCAAGGGAUCAAGCAUCUGAAUGGGCCAAAGACAUUAGGACCAGGAUAAACCAUUAUUUAGACCAGCAACAGGAAGUUACAGAAAAUGACAUCAAAUGUUUAAAACAAGAACUUAUUCCAGUGUUUGUUGUCUGCCUUCAGCAAGAUAGUCGACAUGGAUGGAAAUAUUUGACAGAGGUGAUAGAUUUACUGGAACCAUACAACAGUUAUCUGGACCUGUAUGAUAUGAGAGCAGAGUUAUUCCACUAUUUAGAGAGAAUAUACUACCAUGUUAAGUUACAUCGGGAGAAGCUCUUUGAUCUACAGAUUACAGAAUCUCUUCAGAAAGUCUUCCCUAAGGAGAUACAGCAGCUUAAAGAGAGUGAUACAAGAAAACUGAAAAAUUAUUGUGUUACCAUUCCAUCAGUGAGAUUUUCAGCUGAAACGCCAAGUCCGAGGGUAAAGAAAAUGGUUCCCACCCCUCCUACACUACUAAGUCUACCUGAUGGAACAAACCCCUACUCUAUGUAUAUCAAUGUAAGAACUUUUUGUUAUACAAAUUUAUAUAGAGAAUCAAUCUGGAGUCAUGCUUUAGGUCCAGUAGCCCAGGCUUUACAAACAGACAUUCCUGAUGAGACCACGAAUGUAGAGAAAUCCCCAGAUAAAGAGCCAGGAGGAUAUAAACUGACACCCAGGAAUACUGUAGCCACAUAUACUGCUGCUGAGAGAAAGUUCAAGAAGACCCCUCGUAUAGAGGAGGAAAAGGUACCUAAGAUGACUGGGAGAGAGGCAGUGGCUUACUUUGUCAAGUGUCAUCAUAUGGGAGAAAUCAAAUCCCUGUUCUUUAACUAUGCACCAAGCAGACAUUUCACUCCAUACGAUCUAAUAUGUGUCCACAAGAAUAAGGUUGAAGAUGAACAUUUUGUGUUUUCUACAUUUGGAGUACUUCAUGUAUUACCCAAUGCUCCAUCUGAGAGUAAAACCCUGGCUGAGUGGCAGAGAGAAGCUGUCUUAUGGAAGGCUGUAUCCAGUAUACCAUUUUUCAAACAUUACCUCAUCCGUAAAAUGUUUGAUAGAUGGAGAGCAAACAAACGUUACUUGGAUUAUUUAAGAAAACAACAGGUUAUCUCUUCCACCAUGUUACAGAAUGUACCUGUAUUUGGAGCAGCUCUACUACAAGUGUUGAGACUGUUGAAGGAGCUUAUUACAGUGAACUUUCUCCCAUUUGAAACAGACAAAAUGUAUCAACUGUCAGAUUUUGAGAACAAUAUCAACUACAAAAACAUCCAAGCUGAAAAGAUUCUAGAAAAAUUCUUCACGUAUUGUAAGAUGGUUGUGGACAAAACAGCGGAGGAAUCGUUCAACAAGUUGAAAUACUGUGAGGAACAAGUGAAGAAGAAAACCUAUUUUUCCAAGGAUUCUCUACACAUGCAGAAAUACAAGAAGGAACAGAGAGAGGAGAAUUUGAGAUUAGCAAGAAGUGAGACUGGUCGUCUUGGUAACUUUGUCAAGUUGGUAGAUCAGUUGAUUGUAGAACAUAUGUUUUAUCUGACCAAGAAUCAGGUGACCAUGUUUGUAACUACUGUAUUACUAACUGGGCAGUCUCCAUUGAGAGAAGGUUUCCUCAAAGCCAAUCUCACUUUCACAAAACAAGAUGUACUUGGUAUUUCCCCAACAAAGGAAAAGCUGACAAGAGCUGUAAUAAACACAUUAAAGGGUAUACCUACAGUGUUAUGUACCAAUGCUGUACCCAUGGACGGUUCUAUAACAGAUCCACAUACUGAUACACAAACUAUUGGUGAUGAAACAGAAUCAUCCAUCCAGAAAUCGGAACAGGCUAAAUCAAUCACAGAUUCCAGUUGUAAACCAGCUCUGUCAGAGAGAAGAAAGAGUACUGCGGCGACAAGUUCUAUCAAACAAGAAAGUCGAGGUCAACUAUCAGUGUCACGGUCACAAGCUGGGGACACAAUGACUGUUAUCUCAGGGGCACAUACAGAGAGAACUAUUCCCAUGUCUAAAACAAGAUCAACUAUAGGAGAUGACAGUGAUAUGAAAUUACCAGAUCUUCCUACUGAAGACACCAAGACAAAGGAAGAAGAUGAGAUUGGUAUAGCAACCCCUGACCUUGUGAUAAAGGAUGAAGGUCAACAACUGAUAGUUGAGGGAGAGGGAUUUAUGGGACAAUAUAAACCAUUGUCUAGAGCUAGUCUAGAGGAAAAACUACAAAAAGAUGAUCAAUUUCAAGACAUGCUUCACACAACAUCUACACUGCUUCAAGAAGCUCUCGAUGAGAUAGAUUCAUACUGUGACUUUAACAAGUGGUUGAAUGAGAUACACCAAUUCUGUAAGAAAUGGACAGAAAAAUCAGUACGAGAAUUUAAAGGAGAGCAAGCAUUUACAAUAGAGCAAAAACUUACGGAACUGAAGUUAUGGUCAGAUAAAGUUCGUAAUUUUGAUCAUUUUACACACACCAGUAAUGGACUUAUAUAUGUUGACUGUUCUCAUAUACAUGAUAUACUUCUACCAAGAUUGAAUGACAUUUACACUGAACUUGUAGAUUUUGUAGCAGAAGAAGCUAAAUCACUGGCCAACAAUUUCUGUAGUGAUAUGAAGGUUGUCAUACAGAACAUGAAAGACAAGAAUGCCUCUGUAGACCAGUUUGCAACAUAUGCCAAAAAUUACAACCAGUACAAGAAAAAUACAGCAUCUUAUCAACAGAAAGUGGAAUACAUCAAGUCCUUAUAUGAGGUAAUCAGGAUGAGUUACCGUCAGUUGACCAAUGACGAGGAGAAAUAUGAAGAGAAUGUAUGGGCGGCCUGGGAAGCAUUUCUACUACAGAUGCAGGACGCCUCAGAGUUUGUAAACACUCAGACUCCAUUGAUGACUCAGCUGUUAGAAGAUACAUACCAGCCGCCAUCAAAACCUGGGGACGAGCCUGAAGAGAGUUUAUAUUUGCAACUGGAAAGAGAGGCAUAUGAGUUGGAAGAACUGGCAACAAAUGGUAAAUUCCUCGAUCCUGAUCAGAAUCCCACACACAUCAUUAAAGAUAUGAAACAGAUCCGAGAUAAAUUUUACGACAUUCAGAAUCAGUUACAGAAGGCCAGUAAAUGGCGUGAAGCAAUCUGUGGUGAACCGUACGAUCUGACAUUCCUGAAUGAGAUGACGGUAAAGUUAGAUGUUCGACAAGAACUCUGGAAAUACGUGGAGAGCUCAACACAUGCUAUCAGAGAUUGGAAGUCUAUGCUGUUUAAGAAGAUGAACAUAAAGAAAGCAUUGGAGAAGAUAAUAGAGUGGCAAGCAGCUGCUAGUCAGCUUAAACCCUAUCUUCCCCAUGGUGACAAGGUACUUACAACUUGGUUCAAGACAUUGCAGGAAUUCAAGAAGGAUUUACCAGUCCUACAUAAACUAGCUAAUGAUGCUCUCAAGGAACGUCAUUGGAGAGCUAUUUUUGUUGGUAUGAAUGAGUCAUAUGACCCUAAGAAACAGUUUACUGUGGCUGACCUUUUGACCUAUGACCUUGAAGAGCAUGCUCAGUUGGUGCAUCAGAUAUACCUCGGAGCUGUUGCAGAAUAUGACCUUGAACUGAAGAUAGGUCACAUGAAGAAGUUCUGGUUAGAGAGAGAAUUUAAACUGGCUAAACAUAUACCAGACAGUCUGUUGGCUUCUAAAGAGAGUGAUUCAGAAUCUGAAACCGAGGAGGAAAUCGCUGUCAUGAAAAGACGAAAGACGUUAAUUCCACAGGGUAACGAUCUCCGCAAACAAAACCUUCGCAAAAUAAGCCUUCGUAAAACCAGCAUACAACCAAAGAAGCCAUCAAGUCCUCGGAGACGUACAAAACUGGAGAAAUAUCGUCAGGAGAGAGCUGCUGCUAUGAAAGAUGGAUCACCGAGGGGUCUGAAUGUGGCAGAUGAUGAUUAUUAUAUCCUUAUUGAAGUAGAGGAAUUAAAAUACCAGCUAGAGGACAGUCAGAUUAGUAUAAGAGGAAUGAUGCAGUCCCCAUAUCUCGGAGACAUGACAGCUGAGGUAGAAUCCUGGAACAGUGCCUUACAACAAGUAGAAGAAAUAGCAGAUCUAUGGUUUACUUGCCAGAAAAAGUGGCUAUACUUACUGAAGGUGUUUGAGUGGCCGGAACUAUACAAACGAUUCAAGGAACAUGCUCCUAAAUUUGAAGGUGUCCAUGCUAAAUUUAAGGACUGGAUGCGUGUUGUGUCAAAUGACUCGAAGGUUUUGACUGUGAUCAACAGACGACGUGGAGAGAAAGGUUACAGGUUACUCCAGGGAGACAACCUUAGAGCUCUUUUCUUACAACUCAUUCAAACACAGGAAGAAAUAUUGAAAUACCUGACAUCUCUGAUGGACAAUUGUCGGCAAGAGUUUACACGUCUAUACUUCCUGUCAGAUGAAGAACUUGUAGAAAUGAUGGGUAUCUCCAGAAACCCACAGGCACUGCAACAGUUUGCCAAGAAAUGUUUCCCUGGUAUUGAGUCACUGGCAUUUGCUCUGCCGCCAGGGACAUCAAGUCUGAAUACCCAUCUAGACUUUGCUUUACAUGCUGACAAGCUACAGGUGAUAGCUGUACGGGGCAAGCACGGUGAGGAGGUGCCAUUCUUUGCUCACCUUGAAGCUCAGGGCAAGUGUACUAUAUGGUUAAAACUUCUUGAAGGCAUCAUGAAAAAUACCAUAGCAACCAUCCUACAAGCAUGUGUACAGAAUAGAAUGGAAGAUGGUGGAAAAAUGCAGCCAGUACAUAUCUUAGAAGAACUUAUAAAAGUAUAUCGAGCCAAGUCUGAGCUGACAGAGGAAGAUCUGGCUGUACAAGUUAGUCAUCAGUAUCAACAUUGGUUGCUACGGUUCCCAGCUCAAUGUGUGUAUGUUGCUGAGGGGAUACUGUGGGAAAGAGCCAUGCAUAGGAUACUUGAUAAACCAGAUUUUGAAAUUGAUGAGCUGAAAUUCUUAAAAUUGAAUAGUAGUUCUCGACUAGAACAGUAUGUUGAAGUAUUGAAGGAAAUGCACAAGACUGGUGUAAAUGAACAUGUAAAACAAAGACUACAGUCACUGGUAUCUAUACUUGUUAACCAGAACAUUCAACAGAGAGACUCCAUAGAAGCUAUGCUGUUGGAGAAAGUGAUCAGUGAGAAGUCAUUCACUUGGAUGAGGAUGUUACGUUACCAUAUGGACAUAAGAAAUGUUCUCCGGGCCAAACAGGAACCUAUAGAGCCCACACCAGCACCACCCUCGGUCCAAACUGAUCACCAGUUUAUACGGAGGGCAAGCAGGGCCACUACACGUAGAACUACUUCUUAUACUUCAUCAAGAACUAGGAAAGAGUCUGUUGAUGAAACUGCAAUGCAGUCAAUAACAAGAACAAAGACGAGUGUAUCAACAGAUUUUCAGUUUGGUUCAUGUACAAUAACACAGCUAGGUAACGUGUUUAACUAUGACUACGAGUACCUAGGUCCGGAUACAAGACUUGUUCUCACACCACUUACAGAACGAGCUUUCCUGUCACUUACACAGGCAGUGAAAAACUUCCACUGUGGAACACUGAUUGGCCCAGCUGGUACUGGAAAAUCUGAUACUGUCAAGGAUCUAGCCAAGAUGUUUGGUUGCUGCCUGUUUGCUAUCAACUGUAACAGUGAGGUAACACUACCUAUGAUGACACAGUAUAUGAUGGGAAUGGUUCAGUCUGGAUGCUGGGCACUCUUUGAUGAUACAGACAGACUAACUAAAGGUUUGAUGUCAGUGACAGCUCAACAUCUGGACUAUCUUCGUACAGCUCUCAGAACUCUAGAUCUGUCUAGUGAGAACCAGUAUAAGAUAAGAGGCCAGCCUAGAGCAGACAAGAAAACAGGUGUUGGUGAUGCUGUUAUUCGCCGGAACUCUUUGACCACACUUCAUCCACUUCCGAACACAAGUGCCUCACCUCAGUUAGAGAGGCAGAAAACUGUUCCACAUGGAUUCAAUGAGAAAGGUUUGGUAACAUACUUUGAGGAGACAUGGAUAGCGGAGAAGGAACAAAGGAGACAUUCUAUAGAGAGAGAGAUAGAAAUACAAGAAUCUGAACUGUACAACAAAAAUAAACCUCCACCAUUAUUCUAUGAGCAUGCUAGAUUCAAGGGUAAGAAAGCAUCACCAGAUUACAGCAAGUUGUUGAAGGAGUCAGUGUACAAGUCAGAAGUACUGGGCAAUGUUAUGUUUAACGGUAAACUUAUCCAGGCUAAUGCCAACUACGGCUGCUUCCUGACCAUGAACAUGGGCAAUCCUGCUGCUUCAAAUAUUCCAGAAACAUUCAGGGUAUUACUGCGACCAUGUUCUAUGGUAGUUCCGGAUUUGAGACCAUUUAUUGAGGUAUCUCUACUGUGCUGUGGGUUCCAGGACUUUGAAAUCUGGGCCAAAAAGUUAACACUGUUCGUUAAACUUGUCAGGAUGAAUUUACCCAGAAAGAGUCAGUAUGACUUUGGUAUGAAGGAUUUAAAAAUGAUUCUUCAUCUAUGUGUGAAUUUAUUGAGGGAAUUAAUGGAAGCUCAGGAAUUUGAAAAGAAAGAGAUGGAGGAUGCUGCCAAACAAACUGAUACCAAGAUUGACACACCACCACUGGUUGCCAUGGACUCCCAUGCCCUGGAGGAACAGAGUAUAGUUCAAAGUAUAAUAGAUGUAUUACAACCAGGCCUGGAGACAGAGGAUGAUGUUGGCAUGUUCCUGGAAAUCUUGCGUGAUGUUUUCCCACUGAGUACAAAACCCAAGACAAUGUAUGGUCAGUUUGCUGAUACUAAACUGGUGAAUGCUGUACAAGACCAGCUUAAUGAAGAUAAUGUGAAAGAAACCCAGGAAAUUAUGGAUAAGAUUCUUCAACUAUAUGCCACUAUCCAGCAGCGAGAAUCUGUCAUUUGUACUGGCCCAGCCGGCUCUGGGAAAUCUACCUGCCUCAGUGUACUUUCUCGGGCAUUAAACCGGCUCAAUUACUUGCUGUUUGCACCGGAUCAUUCUAAAGAUGAAUUAACAACAGACCGAGACUUUGUCUUUCACGCUAAAAACAAGCUCCAGGAAAUGGAUAUGGAUGAAUUUAUAGAAGCAGAAGAGGAAUUUUUGUCUCGUCUUGGGCCACCAAAGACAGAACCAACAAAGGGAGGUAAGAAGUUUCGUCACAUGGCUUCAAUGUUGACAAAAGUUCAGGAGGCGAUUCACGAACUGGAAGUUAAGAAGUCUCCAGAGUAUGCUAUGUAUCCAAAAAUAGACAUGGUGCGUCUAAAUCCAACAGCUCUCUCUAGCCAGGAGUUUCUAGGCCAUUUCAGAGACGGAAUGUGGCAAGGUGGUUUGUUACAGAAGGUGCUACGUGAUGCCAACUUUAUGUCAGAUGCUGUGAAAACUUAUCUUAAAAAUUACAAGAAACAAGAACAAACUAAACAGAAACACAAGACAGAUCUACCAUCAGUGCUGUUGAAGUGGGUGGUGCUAGAUGGGGUAUUACAUCCUAACUGGACUGAAGGUUUAAACACUGUGCUAGAUUCAGAGAGACAAUUGUCCAUGGCUAAUGGUGGUAGAGUUUCACUAAAUGUGGACAGCACUCAGUUACUAUUUGAGACAACAGAUCUAAGUAAUGUAUCACCAUCAACAAUUUCGCAUUGUAACAUUAUACACUUCGGUGACGCUGUGGUUCAUUGGAGCUCCUUAUUUGAAUGCUGGGCAAAAACAGCCAAAUCUAAAUGGAUCUUUACUUCAACUUGCAUGAAGGUGAUUAUAGAUCUAGCCCAUGAUGUGUUUGGUCCGACAAUCAAGUUCCUCAACUCUGAAUGUACAACAGCUUUGUUAACAGAUGUAGGUCACACUGUUGCCAUGGCGAACCGUGUAAUUCCCGGUGUACAGGAAGUCCAGUCAUUUAUCAUGAUGUACUCCGCUUUACUUGAUCGCGGUUUUUCUAGAGAUGAUUUUGAGAAAAAGAUAACUUCACGGGAACCUGAUGAGGAAACAAAAUUGAUCAUAAUUUCCAGACAUUUGGAAGCAGCAAAGGUUGCUACACCAAGCAGUAUGGGUGGUUCUAAUUCUAGAAUGACAAGUAGUUCACAGAUAGAGAAUAAUAUAUCUAACUAUAUAGAGAAGAUGAAAGGAAUGUUUGCACUAGCUUAUAUCUGGGCUUUUGGUGGAAACUUACAUGAUAGACACAGAGAGAAGUUUAGUAAGUUUGCCCAUGAUGUCUUAUACCGGGCAUCAAACCCAGUACGUAUUCCACUACCUGGUACAGUAUUUGACUACACCAUGGAGGAGAGUACUGGAGCUUUUGUACGCUGGACACAGAAAGCACAGGAAAGAUCAAAGAACAUUGGUGGUUAUAUCGUGACACCAGAAGUUGAGAAGUACACUUUCCUUAUAGAGCUUCUUGUCAACUCUCACCAGCCUGUCUUAAUUACUGGACAACCAGGUGUUGGCAAAUCUACACUUGUACAGAACAUGAUAUUGCCUAAACAGACAUCUACAACUAUAACUAUGUCACCUGGGAUGACAUCAGCUAUAUUUCAAGAAUCAUUGAUGGCACAUAUUAUAGAGCUGAAGAGUAAAGCUUUGAAUGUGAUUACAUCAGGUCCAGCAGCUUCCAAUACAUUAGGUGUUCAAAAACAUCUCUUCUUUAUAGAUGACCUCAACACAGCCUCAAAACAACCAGGGUAUCAGCCGCCACUAGAGUUACUAACACAGAUGUUAUCACAAGGAGGUGUAUAUGACAGACAGAGACAACAAUUCGAGGAGAUGAAUGAAGCAAUGGUUCUAGCUGCUGCCACACAACCAGCCUGUCCUGGUGUAGGUAUGAGAGAAUCCUGUCAUGUUAUGUCAAGUCGACUUACUCGUCUCUUUAUGAACAUAACACUGUUCUUCCCAAGUGCUGAUGGAAUAUUGUCAACAUUUGGUCUUAACAUCAUGAACAUACAACACUGGCUAGAGGAAUUCCCAACAUACUCUGUAGAACACCACUUUGAAUUUGAUAGGGCAUUAACGCUGGGAUUGUUGGAGUUGUAUCAGCGUGUAAAGGAACGUUUCAAGCUAACACCGUCACAUGCACACUAUGUGUUCUCCUUACAUGAUAUAUCACGUGUAGUUCAGGGUAUUCUUAUCAUGUUGCCAAGAUCAAGGACAAGAAAAAUGAUGAAAAUAAAGAAAGAUAAGAGAGGUAGUCAGACUACAUCGAGGAACACAUCGUUGGACUCUAGAGGGUGCUUGAGUCCAGGAGGUAGUAGCAGUAAUCAAACUGAAGAAAAGGCAGGUUCCCCACCCAUGAUGAAAGUGAUAGCCCAACUUUGGUGUCAUGAAUGUACAAGAACAUUCUCUGAUAGACUAGUCAAUGAUGAAGAUACACAGUGGUUUGGUAGAAUACUUGAAGAGAUUAUGGUGAAACAAUUCUGUAGUCCUAGAGAUGAUCCUAAGACAGAAAUGGCCGCUAUAUCUGAGGAAACCUUCUCUCAAGGUCACACAUCUCCUCGAGGAACCCCACCUCCACAAGCACUUUUAACCCCAUCAGACACUGAGGGAGCAGAAGGGGAUAUGAAGGAGGAACAAGAAGGGUCAGUUGCAGGGAAAGAGUCAGAUGAAGGGAGUCCCGAGAGCUCUAAGUCAGGAGAAUCUAAAUAUGGAGAUGAAGCUGUUGAAAGUGGACAGAAUUCAGCGAGGGAACCAGGUGAUCUCGGUCCAGGAGCCAUCUCUGAGAGCGAAUACGAGACAGAAAUAGAAUCUGACUCAUCAGAAGCUUCCGAGACUGAAGCAGAAACUGAGACAGAGACGCUUGCUGGUACACCAAGAGAUAUGGGUGGAACAGUGGAUGACUCAAGUAGAGGAACAUCAAGAACUUCAGCUACAUUCACUACAUUGAAAACAAUGAGUACUUCUUACAAGUAUUCCUCAAAAAGUACAGACAGUAGUGACCAGGAACUAACUGACCGUUCUGUCCCGGACAAGACCGGAAAACAAACAAACUUUGCUGAUGACUUUAUAAAAGGAACACCCAGAUUUAAGAAGUCAUUCUCCCUGCGUGGAAGUAUAGCUACUUCAAGACAUGUACAUUUUAAGCCUGGUCUGAUGACAGACAAGGAACAUAUCGCUUACUUCGGUCAGCUUGUAAAACUAGAGGAGAUUAAAGGAAAUCAGGAAACAUUGACAGAUUUUAUCUUCAGUAAAUAUUUUAUGACCACAUACACAGAGACACAUGGAAUUUCUAUUGAGAAAGGUUAUGUAGAUACAACAGAAGAAACUCUUGUUGAUGCAUUACAUACAUGCUUGAAUGUUUAUAACCUGGGUACAUCACAGAGACUUGAACUUGUCUUCUUUAAAGAGGCCAUACAACAUGCUGCUAGACUAAGCAGAGUUCUGGCAUUACAAGGUGGUCAUGCUGUAUUACUGGGAACAUCCUACUCCACUGGUAGAGCUACACUUGUCAGAUUGGCAGCCUAUAUUGCCCAUUGCAAGAUGUCACCAGAGUUUUGUUGCUUUAGCAACUGUAGGGGAUUAUAUGAGCCGAAGGCACAAACAGACCCGUCAAAGAAUCUGAGAAUUGUACGAGAGCAUAUCAAGCGAGCUUGUCAUCAUACAGGAAUUCUAGGAAAACCUACGGUACUCCUGGUACAUGAAGAUCUUGGUAUGGAAUGUUUACAAGAUGUUGCUGCUCUCAUGUCACAAGGCACGAGUCCGGGACUGUAUACAGAGGAUGAGUUACAGAGUAUAGUAAGUCAGAUGAUGCCAGGUGGAGUACAGACUAAACGUAUAGACAAGAUAGAACAAGCCUUUGAAAGGUUCAUCAAGAGGAUCAAACAACAUCUACAUGUUAUAGUGUGCCUUAGCUUUAGAGGUAACAGCUUCAGCUCGAACUUCAAGAGUUUACAUAAUGUAAUGUGUAAGUUCCCAGGCUUGUUGAAAUAUUCUUGCUGUGUGGAUCACUAUCAACCCUGGUCAUUUGAGGCCUAUGUUAAAAUUGCUAAAGUCUGGCUGGAGGAUGUUAAAUCAAAGGUGUACAUACCAUGGCACCCUACAAGAAAGAUAGAACAAGUAGAUAUGAUGUCAAAGGCCAUGGCCUAUAUACACAUGUCUGCUAAAGUUGCCAUGGAGAGACAAUAUUGCCACCAGAGGGAUCCACUCAGGUUCUUCUCACCUUUGACAUUCAUGGAGUUUGUACAUGUCUUCAGAAUCAUCUCUGCCUAUAUUGUCAAACAAGAGACUGGAAAUAUUCAGAAGCAUGAGAGAGCAUUGAGUAAAGUAAAUGAAGCAUUUGGUAGUAUAAGUGAGUUUAAGAGAGAAGUGUCUGACCUCAGUCCUCAACAUAAACAAGCUGUUGAUGGUAUCAAAGGACUUGUUGAAGAAGUGGAGGCUCAUAAACAAGAUUAUAUUGUGGCGUUGGAUAAAUGUAAAGAACAAGAACAGUUUAUAGAGGAACUACAGGGACCACUAGAGAGAUUAAGGAAAGAUGCUCAAUCUGAGUUUGAUAAGUUCACAAAGUUCAAAGAAGAUCAUGGAUUUGUUGACUAUUAUACACCUUCCCAGUACAGGUUAAAUCCAAACUACAAGGCGGCUAUAGCGGCUCUCAAUGCUCUCAGUCGUCAGGACCUUGAUGAAGUAAAAAGUUUCCGAGAGCCACCAGAACUUGUGAAAUAUGUUGUCAACUCUCUUUGUCUACUCUUCAACAAAACACAAGAUUGGGAGAAUGGCAAACUAUUACUUACACGAGAAAACUUCAUACAGGAAUUAAUAUUCUAUGACAAGGACAAUAUACCUGAAGGUAUGUUUGUGGAACUAUCAAGACUUGUCAAAAAUCCAAUGUUUCAACCAGAUCUGGUGAGAUCUGUGAGUCUUGCAGCCGCUGGAAUUUGUUCCUGGGUUCAUUCAGUGCAGAAAUACUCGGACAUCCAUAGAAACAUGCAGCCUCGACUGAAAAAUCUGAUGGAACAGGAAGAAAAAUUCACAAGGGCUCAAGCAAAACUAGGUCAGUUGCGGGUAGAUGCUAACAGAAUAAAGAGCGGUUUGGAGAGAAAGAUUCAGGCUCAUAGAGCAGCUGUGAAGAGAGCUAAGACAAUCCUUAAACAGAUGCAGAACAUAGAGAGGAAGAUAUCUAGAGCUGUAAAUCUGAUGGAGAACAUGUCAAUGCAACACUACAUGUGGAAGUCUGAACUUCGUAAAGCCAAGCACCAGAUCUUUACAGCUCCUGGAGACGCAUUAAUCACCGCAGCAUGUGUCUGCUACCAGGGACCUCUCACUGACAAACUACGGGCCCAGCUCCUACAGGACUGGCUAGAUAGGUGUAAACAGGGUAACUUUAAAUUACCAAAAUUUGUAGGACAAGAUGUCUACCAGCUUGGUAACGGUAUAGAGGGUUGGUUUGGAUUUGAGUCUCAGAAAGAUCGUGACUCUAUAAGUGAAGUUUCAAGUUCUCAGACAGAAAGUCAAAGUGAUGGCGGACUGUUUCCUCUUCCAGAGGUUAGGACGUAUAAAUACCAGCCUGUUGUAUAUGAUACCAGUAAAUAUUACAAGUCAGAGCUAAAACGUCACGGGAGUGUUGAGUACGAGCCAACUAGUGCCGAUGAUGAUGAUUCUGAUGAUGAAGCCGAGCAGAGUCCUCUCCUAACACGGAACUCGUACUCUCUACAAGAAAUUCUUAGUGACUUUGAUGAACUUAGUAAGUGGCGACUUGAGGGACUUCCAACUGAUUUACACUCAGUUCAGAAUGCUUUACUUAUGAGAGUGAGUUGUUACAACAGGAAAUAUUGCUGGCCUUUAUUGAUUGAUCCAGACAACCAAGCAGAGACAUGGGUGAAGGCCAUACAGAUGAGUGGCAACAUUUUCUCAGAGAAAGAUGUUAGAGAUGGAGAUGAUAAUGACACUGAAGAUCUUCCGCAAUUACCGUCAGCUGAUGACAAAGUAGAAGAGGGGUCAACACCCUGUCCUCCAAGUCGUGGUACAGGUGUCACAUUCUCAGAAUAUUCCGUGGAUUAUUCUCAAGAUGGCGCGAUGACACGACGUACCAGUAGCACAUCUAACACAUUAACCACCAACACUGGAACAGAUUUCACUAAACGGUUAGAUGAAUCAUCACGAUUCCUUCGCAAAUACAUGAGGAGAGUGAGCAAGUUACGUCCCGUUAACCUCGUAACAGCUAGAUGGUUCAUGUGUAUAGAGAAUCUAACACAUUCAUCUGAUCUUUGGAUUCACAACACAGUUCACGAUACUGCGGCAGAACUUUAUACAGUAAUUCAGGAGUUCUGUUCAAGGCAUGCAUUCAAAGGAGACAGCCCAAUGGAAAGUAGGGUAGCAGAGGCUCUUAGUGUUAUACUAGUUGAAUAUGCCCGUUAUGGUCAAAGUGGUCUGCGGAGUCUUCGUAAGAUAAGUGUACAGUUGAAGUAUGUUGAGCCAAGUAUAUCACAGGAUCAAUUGCUACAGCGCAGUGUCAAUCUAUGUUAUCGUUUGUUAGUGAAAGCUCUCUGUGAUACAACUGCUUUGCCUAUAAUAUGCGUAGCUGUACCAGAACAACAGAAUUAUUGCCCACUUCUACCAAGAACCAAACCAAAGAAUCAAUGUCUAGCCCGAUGGGACAUAAUUUUACAUUAUGAGAGCGAGGGCUAUAGAAAGUUAAUAGAAAAGAUAAGCAAUGACUUAAGUCUUCUACAAAGAAAAGCUAAAGGAGAAAUUUUACCAUCACCAGAACUGAAUGAAGUUAUUUAUUGUAUAAAUAGAAACACUGUGCCAAUGUCGUGGACCAGCCAGUGUUUCCAGUCAGAAGGGUCAAUAUCAGACUGGCUGAAGGAGUUAGCUGUGAAACUGAAGGAGUUAAGAUCUUACAUAUUAGAAAGCAAGCCAGCAUCAUAUAAUUUAUCUGUAUUUUUACGGCCAGACAGAUUCCUGGAGUCAGUAAAACAGACAUACACAAGGAAACAGUUCAAGGACAUUGACUGUGUAGAGUUCAAGGUCGAGGUGAUGCCUGCUGGAUUGAAACCGUCUAUAGCACCACCAGAGGGUGUUUUUAUAUCUGGCCUACAAUUACACAAUGCAUUAUGGGAUAAUACUAGAGCUGUUUUAAUGAUGCCUUCAUCAGAUAGCAUUGGUCUACAAGAAAUGCCAGUAUUCUGGCUGAAACCACUAGAUACCUAUGCACCCCAGACACCAAGACGAUUAUAUGAAUUAUAUCGCUGUCCAGUUUAUUGUUCCCAGGACACAAAGAAACAUGGUGAUAAAAAUGUCAUUGUACAUUUCUCCCUACCAACAGAGAAUGAUCCAAGUGUUUGGCAAUACCAGAGGGCUUUCCUUACCACAAAUAUCUCCAAGUCUACAUAAACUCUUCUACCAACAUUAUAUUAGUCUUGAAGAUAUCAUACAACUUAGUUUGGAUUUGGAGCAUAAACUUUGAUAUAUAAUAAUAUAAUUGAAAAUGAUAGAGAAAGGAAAAUGUUAUAAAAUAAACUGUCAAAAUGAAAUCAUCAAAAAUAAAGUCAUCAUGCACAUUUUUUAUAUGAAAUUUAUUAUAUAUUUUUCUUAUUUUGAUUUAUGUGUUUAACUCUGUGAUAUUAUAUUUAUCUACAUGUUACUAAAAUGUUUUUGGUUAUUUUUGUAAUUAAAAUAAAAAAAUCAGUUUCAUAUAUAAGUCUACAGCCAGUGUUACCAGGCAUUUCUAUAAAUUCUAACCAAUGAGAAAAUAAACAGAGAAAUGUUAAAGUAGAUCAUUUACUGUUGAAGGUUGUUGAUAAUCAGUACUGUGAGCUGACAAACUUUCAACAUUUAUUAAUUACUUCGGAAAUGUAGUUUGUUUUUCACUUUCAAAAUCUGCAAACCAAGAACUUUGAUAAUUAUCAUUUCAGAUGCAUAAUGACUUUAUAUUAGGUAUGAAUUCUAUAUAUUUUAUAUAUAUCUGUGUUAUGUUAUUUUCCGUGCCGUUUAGUUUGUUUACUUUAUUAAUAUAUAAUUUAUUUGCCAAAGAUGAUGUUUUUACAAUUUUAUAUAUGAUUUGUGUAAGUACAUGAUUUAUUUACAUAUGUGGUUUGUUUAUGUUACAUAGAUGAAGAUUUUUUUUAAUCCUUUGAAAACUGUUUAUUUAGGUACGUUGUCUUUAAAAAAAUGGAAAGGACCUUUCUUGUGAAAAUAACUGGUUCUUAACAAAUUUGCAUUAUCUGUGAUAGAAAUAUUUCUGCUGCUGAGUGAAAAUGUACUACUUGAAUAUUAUUAUGUCUUGUUUUCUUUUGAAUAAAAAAAAUAAAUAUUUCAUGAUAAA